AUGGACCCCUACUUCCGGGACCCCAUCACCCAGCUUGGCCUCACGGUCCAGGGACACUCUCGACUGGUCGAGGAGCUGGGCAAGCUGUGUCCCAAAUGGCUAGCCUUUGGCGGAGGCGGUUACGACCUUGGGGCAGUGGCUCGCGGCUGGGCGCUGGACUACGGCGUGAUGCUGGAGGAGCAGUGGCCCAACGAGAUCCCUCAGGACUAUCAGGAGCGGUACGGUCUGAAGCUACUCCGCGACCCGGAGGGGCCGUCAUUGGACUCCGGUGUCCUGGCCAAGGCCCGCGAAGUCGCCGAGGAGAGGUGUGAGAGAGGUGGAGAGCCGCAUAUUCCCGGUCCACGGCUUGUAGGGGGCCUCCGGCUCUCCCUGUUACCGGAAGUCCGCUUAUCCGGUUGCCGCCCACUCCCCUACCCUGCUUGGGAAUCGGGGCUGUAG